CGCGGCUUUUUUUUUUUCUUUCUGUGUUUCCGUCUGAUGUACCUAAUACCGAAGACAUUUCCCAAGAGACACUAACCCAGCCUGUCAAAAGUGGCUUGCUGUUAACUAGGUCCUGCCUCCUCCCCAGGUACCGCACACGGCUCGAUACGACGGCUGCAUAUGUGAGCUCGGUACACAUUCUGUGGGCAAGCUAUGUAGUUCGGCACAGAGGUACCGUACUGCACCGUUCUGUUCUGUACUGUACCUACUCCCUCCCUCCCUCCCUAUCUCCCGCCGAAACACACGCCCGCCCGGACAGGCAUUGGUAGCCUGGGCGGCACCACCAGAUUAUCUAUGACCCCUCCCUCCUCUCCCACCUGCUACUAAUAGUCUGGUUGGCUUUGCCAUUAUCCCUCCACCCCUCACCCGCUCUUGCACUCGCACCUCGAGCUCAAGCUCGAGCUGUCCUGUCGCCAUCCACGCCCUAACCGCCCGCCAUGUCGUCCUCUGUCUAUGGCCCGCAGGGCGUUGCCCACCCGUUCCCGCCAACCACCAUGACGGCGGCAACGGGCCUGGCCAACGGAUCCGCCACCACCACCACCACCGACGGCGGCCUCCUCCAGGGCCUGGCCGGGCCCCGCAUCUGCGCGCUGGUCCGGCCCGAGCGGGAGGCCAUGAGCGACGUCCGCCUGAUCGACAUCCCCGCCUCGGUCCCCCGCAGCAGCUGGCCGCCCAGGCCGCGGACCGACGCCCACGUGGCGCGCCAGCCGCUGGGCGACCUGACCCGGUUCCCGGACGAGCUGCUCCUGGCGACGGUGGGCUUCCUCGACUUCCAGUCGCUCGACCGCCUGCGCCAGAUCUCGCGCCGCGCCCGCGACAUCAUCGAGAGCCUCGAGGUCUGGCGCGAGCUGCUCCGCCACGCGCCCGCCCAGCUGCACGCCCUGCACCGCACGGGCCUGCUGGGCCUCCACCGCGCCUCGGGCCUGUUGGCCGCCCUGCGGUCCUCGGCCUGCGGCUCGUGCCGCGCCCACUUUGGGGGGUUCCUGUUUCUCUUGACGUGCGAGCGCGCCUGCCUCAGCUGCUUGCGCGAGAACGCGGCCCUGCGCCUGACCACGCCCGACCGCGCCGCCCGCUGCUUCUCCCUGUCGCCGGACCAGGUCGCGCGCCUGCUCCCGCACAUGACCACCAUCCCGCAGCGGAGGUACUCCGGCGCCCUGCGCGGCUGGUACAACGUCCCGACCCGGCUCGUCAGCAUCCGCCACGCAAAGGAGCUCUCGCUCGCGCUGCACGGCGGCGAGCUCCCGCCGCCCGUCGAGCCCGCCCGCACCGCCGACGGCAGGCUGCCCACGAGCUUCAACCCGCUCGACCCGCUCGUCUUCGCCUCCUUCCGCGACGCCCCGCUCGAGGCCCCCGCCCGGGACCUGUCGCUCGAGGAGCCGCUCCACGCGGUGCCCGACGACUUUAUGGGCGCCGCCAUCGUGCGGAUGCCGUCCCUCCGCGGGGGCGGCGGCGGCGGCGACGAGAGCGGCUGCUGCUCCCCGCUAGACCAUGGCGUCUACUGCGACGGGUGCCAGAAGGUGCGCAUGCUGUUCGAGCAGGGCAUGCUUCCCGGCCACGCGGCGCUGGAGCUGUUCCCGCCGGGGAUCAAGAGCCGGCGCCGCGUCGUCGAGGCCGGGGCGCAGCGCCUUUGGUCGACUGAGGGGUUCGUCGACCACGUCGCCAAGUGCUACGGGGCGCAGAUUCUGCUGCAAAGCAUGCCUGCUUGAGGAGGGGGAUAGCAAGAAGAGGGCACUGCGUGUUUUUUUUUGUAGUAUUAAAAAAGAGGCUCCAUCUAUGCUUUCGCUUCUACAAUAAACAAUAGCAAGU